UGUUUCAAUUUUUGGAGAGAGAGAUGAGUGCAGAGAGGGUGGCAGAGAAACUGAUAGAGAACUUUCAAAGCCUCUUUUUCUUCCACCUUCACUCAACUAGCCUCUAUAUUGCAGUCUCUCAAACUGAAGUCAUAAUUUUCUAAAGCUUUAGUUAUCUUCCCAUCUGAAAGAUCAUUGUUUGCCCCUCAAUAUAUAUAUUUUUUUCUUCUGUCUUUCUCUGUCGGUACCAUGAGACCGGAGAGGAACGUUAACCCUUUGGACCUCAACAACUUUCCCGACGACUUCGCUAGAGAUGGUAAACAGCUCUUUGAGGACACCUCUUCGUCUGGCUAUAGGAAAAAGAAAAGCGGCGCUAAGGAUGGGAAAGAUGAGUGUGGGAAGGUCUAUGAGUGUAGGUUCUGUUCCCUUAAGUUUUGCAAGUCACAAGCUCUUGGGGGACACAUGAACCGCCACCGACAAGAGAGGGAGACAGAGACACUGAACCGGGCUCGUCAGCUGGUUUUCAAUAACGAUAACUUUGCCGCCCAAGGGACCCCUCACCUAGGAUACCAUGGAGCAGGUCCCAUAGGAGACCAAACACUAUACAGAGCCGUGUAUGCACCAAGAUUGUUCCCUGGUUCCUCAUCUACUGUCUUGCCUCCACCGCCACCACAACCAUAUCUAUAUCCCUCACCUUCACGACUCACCUCUUACCACGCACAAUACCCUCAACACCCAGCAGUGAAUCAUGACUACUAUGUAGGGCAUGUCCUUAGUGGUGGUAGUAGCAGUAGCUCGCAUCAAAACCUAAACUAUAUGGGUGCUAGUGCCGCACCAGAAUCGAGUUACACCUGCAUUGGUGCACCUGUAGGACAUGGUGGGUUCAACCCUGGCCCGAUCAGAGGAUCGGAGAUGGCAGGAUCAUUAGUGGGUGGUGGUGGAGAUGGGUCACUGAGCAAUCAGGAGGAGACCUUGAGUUGGGGUAGGAGCUACGCGGCAGGCGGGUCAUCACAGCAUCGUAAUUUGGAUCCCCCUCCAUCGAUCAAUCGAUUUCAAGACGGGUUUUAGUAUAUUUAUUUUCCUUUAGUUUCGUUUUUUUCUUUUAAGUUUUUGUUUUCUUUAGCUUGUGAUUUUGUUAGUGAUCAUGAAGUAGGGAUUUAAUCUGGUUUGACACGCCACCCAGAGAUAGAGAGAGACUUAACAAGCUGACAAAUGGGGUCAUGCGAGGAAGGAAAGAUAGAGAAGUUUUUGGUUUAUGUACAGGGAUUGGGCCAGCUUUUUUGAGCUCAUGUACACUCUCAGCUACUUUGGCGUGGAGCUGUGGUGUGAAAUUGAACUUGAACAAGUGUAGUCAAAAGGGUUUUGUGAUUUAUUGUUUUUGAGAUUCUUGAAACCUAAACCCAACCCUUGAGUCAAGGAAAAAUGAGUGGGUGUUGGGGAACUAGAGAUCUGAAUGGGAGAUGAA